AUCCUGAAGGGGACAAUAGCGUGAAGCUGUCGCGUGCAGUGGGGAUGCGCGAACUUUACCGCGCGUGCUGCGCUAUCAUCCCGGUUAUUAUAGGGGUGAUAUCUGACAUAUAAGGUUGAUGUUGCAUGUCCUUGGUUAAAAUGGGCCAGUCAGAUCUAGCCAAUGGAACGGAGGACAUCUAUGAUGGAAGUCAAGAGACCAGCCUGGGAAACGACAGCAUGAACACUUACAAACCAGCAUUUGUGGAUGACAUCACCAAGCACCUGAGUGUCCAAAUAUCUCUCAUCUUUGCAUAUUCACUCAUAAUCCUGCUAGGACUUGUGGGUAACACCCUGGUGAUUUACAUGAUCAUUCUGUACAGAAACAUGCGCACGGUCACCAACUACUUCAUUGCGAACCUGGCCUUGGCUGACCUGAUGGUGGACACGGUGUGUUUGCCUUUCACGCUGGUUUACACGUUGCUGGAUGAAUGGAAAUUUGGAGCAGUGAUGUGUCAUAUGGUGCCUUACGGCCAAGCUCUCAGCGUCCACGUGUCCAUUCUCACCCUGACGGUCAUUGCUCUAGAGCGCUACAGGUGUAUCGUCUUCCACCUUGGCCAGCGCCUCAACAAGUGCACCAGCUUCGUCAUCAUUGGCCUGACUUGGGCAUUUUCUGCUAUACUGGCUGGCCCGCUGGCUAUUUUCCGAGAGUAUCGCUAUGAGGAAAUCCCAUACAUUGACUUGCGGAUCUCAGUUUGCUCCGAGAAAUGGCCCAAUGGCACCAAUCGGGACGCCGUCAUCUACAGUUUAUCGAUGCUUCUCCUGCAGUAUGUGGUCCCUUUGGCGAUCAUCAGCUACGCUUACGUGUGCAUUUGGAUCAAACUGAAGAACCACGUCAGCCCUUCCAACCGCAGCGACGGCAUCAGCCGCCGGAAGAGGACCACAAAGAUGCUGGCGCUGGUGGUCAUGGUCUUCGCUGUUUGCUGGCUUCCCUUCCACAUGUUUCAGCUGGCUAGCGAUCUCGACUUGAUUCUCAAGUUCAAAGAAUACAAACUCAUUUACACCUUGUUUCACAUCGUGGCGAUGUGCUCGACUUUUGUCAACCCAUUGCUCUACGGCUGGAUGAACCAGAAUUACAGGAAUGGCUUUCUCAUGUUCUUCCGCUGUGAACACAAGCCAGACACCAUCUACCCUGAUGGGUCCUUCAGGACUCGAUCUUUGAGGGGGAUGAUUGUGAACGGCUACCAUGAUGGUCAGCCUGCAACUGCUGUCUAAUCAUGAAGAUGGAGUCUUCCUCUGUCUGGAGGAGCCUGCUUAAUGCACAGUAUAAACAGUAGGGUACAAUGGAGCUAAAGGCGCAUCGGAGUAAAAUAAUUAGAUAAUAAUUGGGGUAAGAUCAUAAAUAGAUGACCGACUUUUCCCUUUGAUGACAUGACGUGGUUGGGUAAACACCAUAUUUAUAAUGGAAGCAUGACAUAAUAAAAUAUAAUAUUUAUUGUUACUGCUGAAAACCAUAUUAAAUUAUUAUGAGGAUCUCCUUCAAGAAUCUUUACCAUUUUUAAUUUUUUUAAACUGAACAUAUUAAA